AUGAAUAUUCUGAGUGCGGUUUGCCUAGCAGCAUUUCUUGCAAAGUCAAGCGCUAAUCAGAGCCAGUCCGUCACGCCAGGCGGCAUACCAUACGUGGUGAAUUGUCCGCAGGACAAAAUCCGCGACACCGACUUGACUAUUGAGCAAGUGGACGACCUCAAUGAGGACAUUGCUGAACUAGUGGCAAAUAUCGUCAAGGAUCCGUACUUUAGCGUUUACAAAGUCGACCUCAGCCAGGACCGCUGUCCGUUUGUGAAUCGCGACGGUAUCUGCGGCAACCACGCUUGUGCCAUCGAGCCUAUUGACGAGCACCUGCCUGAGAUCUGGCGCUCGCCGUAUCUCGGUAAACUACGCGACAACUCGGUCAGUACGGUGGCACCUGCCGACUCUCUGGAGGGCUGUGCCCCCGAGGAAAAAAGCAUCUACGCAUACCUGGGCCGCGUCUCUGACAGACAUGAUUAUUGUUACCCCGAGGAUGAGAGCGACGAAGCAAAGGGUGUGUGGGUUGAUCUAAACGACAACAUCGAGCGCUUCACAGGCUACUCUGGCGAAGAGGCCCAUCGAUUGUGGCGUGCCGUAUACGAGGAAAACUGUUUCGGGUACAAUGGCGACGAUUAUGCUACAAGCACAGGCGCGUCUUUGGCCCGAGCCCAGCCCAUGGCGGUGACAGAUCAUAGUGCAAUGAUGUCUAUGUUUGCCGACUCAAUUGAGCGCGGCGCCCGGGGCGUUGAUGAGAGAGAGCCGUUGCCGCUCAUCAACCAGGACGAUCAGUGUGUUGAGCAGCGGCUGUUUUACAAGCUUUUAUCGGGUAUGCAUGCGUCGGUUUCCACGCACCUGAGCUACGACUGGCUCAACACCACCUCUGGCUACUGGGGCCCUAACGUCGGCAUGUUUGUCGAGCGUGUUGGCAACCACGAGGACCGACUGAACCAUCUCUACUUCAACUAUGUCCUUGUAAGCCGUGCUGUGGCCAAGCUCGCCAAUUACUUCGAGCUUUUGUCGUUUUCAACCACCUGUGAAAGCGUCGAUACCGAGGUCCGCCGCCACCUGUGGCGCCUAUCUCGUCGCAUCAACAAGUACCCGCGGGGUAUUAACGAGACAGCUUUAUUUAUGACACCUGAAGGUCGAGCUCUCAAGGACGAGUUCCGUCGCCGAGUGAGAAACGUCAACGCACUCAUGAGUUGCGUGGGCUGCGAGAGAUGUCGGUUGUGGGGAAAGAUGCAGACUGCUGGCUACGGCACAUCGCUCAAGGUCCUGCUUGAGCUGCCAGAGCGCCCUGAGGACGACCCCGUUGCCGUUCGCGAAGUCCUCUCCUCGUUCAAGCGCUCCGAACUCGUUGCAUUGCUCAACACUUUCGCCCGCAUCUCCCAUUCGGUCGAAAGCGUUGGCUUCUUCCGUCGCAAAGUCGCAGACAAGUACGGAUACAGCCAGAGCUUCUCAUAUCAGCUGAAGUUGGGCCUCAAGGUGUUCCGCAAGGCCGUCGGCUUCAUCCUGCAAUCGUACCUGGACUUUCCUAAAAACAUUUGGCGCUUCUUCCUCUAUUAUUCGCAUAUGUACUGGAACAAGUUCGUCGGCCGCACCGCGACCCUCACGCACAUUGACCUUUAA